GAUGUAGGCACUAGGCAGCUGGCAGUGGCAGCUGGUAGCGUCGUGGUCGUCAACGUCGACCAGUCGACGUCGUGGUUGACGAAUAAAUCGCGUUUAACCGUGACGCGAGUUCCAAGUUCCAAGUUCGAAGUAGCAAGGUGGAUUUAUGACAAUCACAAGUUGUGAUCCUGCUAACAUGUAGUCCCUUCGCAAGCGGUGGUUAAAUUAGGUUAAGAUCGCAAGAGAUUUACUUCUUUUCUGUGACUUGUGACUUCUGUCACGGUAUUCAGCUACCAGCCGAAAUUGACGAAAUUGACGUGAGCUCUGCUGGAUUUAGUCUCGAGCAGUCUCGAGAUUUAGUUACGACUGCUGUGAAAUUUCAGCAGUUAAAUUCAAUGCAAACUAAGACCGGGAAACAAUGAGAACUAGAAGGACUAUGGCCAUUCUCGGAGUGGGUUUGAUCCUUGCCUGCUGCGUCAUGAUCUAUCUGAUGAUGGAUCUGAUCCUUCUCCCACCUGGACAGGGUCCUAAGCUUUCCAUGAGCAAUAAUCAGUGGCUCCAUUUUGAGAACAGACUGGCAAAAUUGGAAAAGGAUUUUGACAAACACCACAAAGUUAUGAGCGUUCUGCAGGAGCAAGCGGCAAAAAUCAAAGAUAAUUUUGUACCUGUUGCGCAACCGGUCAAUCGUCAUUUUAAUCGUUCCGACGCUACGACGGUAUCACGUGCGGGAAAAGGUCUCGCGUGUAAUUUUUAUGCUGAAAAAGUCCCCGAGGUCGACAUACAAAUGUUAGAGUUGUACAAGCAAUUGGAGUUUGAUAAUCCAGACGGCGGAGUUUGGAAGCAAGGCUGGAACAUUGUGUACGACGAAAAGCAAUGGCAUCCUAACAGAAAACUAAAAGUUUUCGUCGUGCCUCAUUCGCACAACGAUCCUGGAUGGUUAAACACUUUUGAGAAAUACUACAUGUUCCAAACGAGGAGCAUAUUGAACAAUAUGGUGACUAAAUUGAGCGAGGACAGAAGGCGCAAGUUCAUCUGGGCGGAAAUAUCGUUCUUCAAACUUUGGUGGGACGAUCAAUCCAAAGAGAUUAAGGACGAGGUGCGUCGUCUGAUACACGAUGGACAAUUGGAGAUUGUGUCGGGAGGAUGGGUGAUGCCGGAUGAAUCUGUAUCUCACUGGAUCGCUCAACUCACGCAAUUGACCGAGGGUCAUCAGUGGCUAAAAUACAAUCUGGAUUACACGCCAACGUCAGGAUGGGCCAUCGAUCCCUUUGGUCUUUCUCCCACUAUGCCGUAUCUCUUGAAGACGUCGGGCCUGGAGAACCUCUUGAUACAGCGGGUUCAUUAUUCGGUGAAGAAGAAACUGGCCAAGGAGAAAAAUCUCGAAUUCCGUUGGAGGCAAUUGUGGGACACGGACGGCUCGACGGAGUUCUUCACUCACGUCAUGCCGUUUUACAGUUACGACGUUCCUCAUACGUGCGGACCGGAUCCGAAAGUGUGCUGCCAAUUUGAUUUUUACAGAAUACAGAACUUCGGUCUCAGUUGCCCGUGGAAGAUCCCGCCGAAAAUCAUAACUAGGGCGAAUGUAGCGGAAAGAGCGUUGCUCCUGCUGGAUCAGUAUCGUAAGAAAGCGCAACUUUUCAAAACCGACGUGGUACUCGCGCCUUUAGGCGACGACUUCAGGUAUACGCACCUCACCGAGUGGGAAGCUCAGUAUGACAAUUAUCAAAAACUGUUCAACUACAUGAACGAGAAUCGGCAUUUGAACGUCCAAAUACAAUUUGGAACGUUGAGCGAUUACUUUGAGGCGGUCAGAGAGAAGCGCAAUUUAAAUGAAUUUCCCACUUUGUCCGGCGAUUUCCUUACGUAUUCCGAUAGAGAUGAUCAUUAUUGGAGCGGCUACUAUACCUCUAGGCCUUUUCACAAAAGAUUGGAUCGCGUAUUGUUGGGUACUUUGAGAGGGUCGGAAGCAUUAGCCGCUAUAGCUUGGGCCAGAGGCAACGAUCAAUUGGUAGAAGGUAGCCUCGCGUCCCGUUUAAGCAAAGCCAGAAUGUGGCACUCGCUGUUUCAACAUCACGAUGGAGUUACCGGAACCGCCAGGGACAACGUUGUGAUAGAUUACGCCCAGAAGAUGAUAAUGGCGUUGAAUAACUCGGCUCAUGUACUUCAACAAUCUAUAGCGCAUUUAUUAAGAACUCCUCAAGUAUCGUCUAUGGAUGUGGAAGCUGUGUAUUUUUCGUUGGAUGAAACCAGGUCUCAUCACACGAGUGUGGGCGAGAAGCACGUUCUUAACCUUGGAGACGACAAACCGUCGAGGAAGAUUAUCCUUUACAAUCCCCUCCCAAGACAGAGAACAAAAGUGCAAACUUUGAUUGUCUCGACGCCAUUCGUCAGAGUUACAGAUCGACGAGGACGGUCCGUCAAGUGUCAAGUGUCUCCCGUUUGGAUUGGUCCAGCCGCAUUGUCCGCGGCUAGAUACGAACUAUCAUUUUUAGCAACUGUACCAGGAUUUGGUAUUACUACGUACAUAGUUCACGCGCUGCACAAAGCAUCGUAUACAAAGGAAGUGCAUCUAGCUAAUGUCACAAUUUUCAACACUGACAUAAGCAUUCCGUCGAUACCUGGUUUCAGUCACCUGACAAUCUUGUCGCAUACCCAGGAAUUUUCAAUUUCUCAACGGCCGGAAUUGUCCGCCUCUUUCGGGAAAUCCGGCUUGUUGAAAGCUUUGCGAAUAGGCAAUUCCAUGUUUCCAGUGCAUCUGGACUUUGUGAAAUAUGGCACUAGAGGUUCCGGGAAAGAUAAAAGUGGUGCCUAUUUGUUCCUGCCUGACAAGCCGGAACCAGACGUGGUGUUUAUGGAUGGCAGGGCGAUCAUUCAUUUAGUAACCGGACCAAUUUUAUCGAGAGUAUUCCUAGAAUUGCCGCACGUGCGGCAUACUUGUACGCUGUUCAAUUCGCCUGGCAGCGAUGGACUCGGAUUGCACAUAUUCAACGAGGUUGACAUAACAGAAACGCAAAACUACGAGCUUGCGAUGCGUUUCAAUACAGACAUUGCGUCCGGCGACCAAUUCUUUACAGAUUUAAACGGGCUCAAUAUAAUCCGACGGCAAAGAUUUCCCAAGCUUCCUACACAAGGGAAUUAUUAUCCAAUGGCAGCAAGUGCAUAUAUAGAAGAUAAAAGAGUUAGAUUAACGAUCGCUACGGCACAGCCAUUGGGAGUAGCUUCUAUGGCAUCCGGUCAACUUGAGAUCAUGCAAGAUAGAAGAUUACUUCAGGAUGACAAUCGAGGAUUAGGGCAAGGCGUAAUGGACAAUCUGUUGACAAAUCAUAUGUUUACGCUAAUUCUGGAGAGGAAGGAAACAAAUUGCCCCUUUGCAGUACCAACGAAUCAUCCGGCGGGGUUAUUAUCUUUAAGUGGUCAUUUGGCUUCGGAGGAGUUACUGCAUCCAAUCGUGACGUUGCAUCCUCAUAAUUCUCUGCCAUUCAAUCUACACGCUCACUUCUCGCCGCUUCGAUACGAUCUUCCAGUAGACUUAAGCAUCGUCAGUCUCCGAGUGUUUCCCAUUCCUGAGGGCGCCGGCAAAGGUGUCGGUAUGGUAUUACACCAAUCAGCUUUGGAUACUUGCUUCAACAAUUCUCUCCUACGACACUUGAACGUUUCGGACGCGGGAGAGGUAGACUUGACGAAGCUGCUGAACGAUAUGGAGGAUUGGACUAUUAGUAAAGCGCCCCUUACGUUCCACAACGUCGGGCCGUCUCUAAAAUCGCCCGUUGUAAACUUGUGCCCGCAUCAAAUACUGCCGAUAUUAUUUCACAAGACGCAGUCCUAAUCAGGAAGAGAAGAGACGUGUAAUGUAGCUUGCGUUGCUUUGCAUUUAUCCAUAUAAAUUUUGUUUACUCAAAAUUAUAUAGUCCAAGUGCGCCGAGGCCGGUGGACUUGAAUUGUCUAAUUUAUAUCUGGAACAGUAUUAAGCGUACAAAAUUACUACCAUUUUGAGUGUGAAGAUUUUACUUGAUUAUACUGCAAUAUGUACAGUCCGCAUAUUACAGUAAGUUACACGAUUCAAAUCGAACUAUAAUAACAAGAACUCUGACGUGUAUUUAAGAUAUAAAGAUAUGCAUAAAUAGUUCCAGUUUACCUCGGGCACACGCAUAUGGGUCAACAGUCAACAAUCUGUCAUGUAUUAAUGGAUAAUUAAAAAAAACAAAAAAAAAAAAAGAAACAAAAAUAAUACACGAUACUUUCGUGAUUACUUUCGACAUCGAUUUAUUAAUGGAAUUAAUUUUUAGUAUCAUUCAAAAAAGUGAUCUUUUUCGUGUAUAUUGUUUAUUUUACAGUUAGACCGUACGACAUUAAACUCUUGAUAGUAAGUUUUGUGAUUUAGCAUUUCCAAUUGAAGCUGUAUCUAGGUCUAAGACGUAUAAGACUCGAAAUAACAUGGAUAAUGUUUGAGAACGGAUAGAGACGGAUCAAGUAUUUUUAAGAAUACAUAAGAAUUCGUAUUGUGUAACAGCACAUAGUUCAUUUACAGCCCUCGGCUGGUACAGCCACAACUGUUUAGUUUGUCAUCUAUUUGUUAAAGAUAUUUCUAUAUUUUCCUAUAUUAUGCAUGUGCAGAGAACACUUGGUGAUUUAUGACCGAAUGUUGUGAACGUAACGUACAUUUAGCUCGCUAAAUGCGACUUGAGCUGUCUGCCAAGCGGAAUCCGGAAUCAUAUUAAACACAAAGUAUAGAUUUGAACGGUUGCAUUUAGCGUUAACGAAUGGAGUGGGGAUACGAAGUAAGCAGUAGUGAACUACUUAUUGUUAAUCAUAAUCGAAUACGUUGAUACUAGUCAAUUACAGACUGUGUAAAAUAGAUUUGGGUUUACACAGCCAUUUUAUAUACAUACCCUUGUACUAUAUUAUGCUUGUACUACACACCAUUGUACAUACACACUAUAAAAAUACAUGAAACAAUUAUAGGAUGUACGUUUGUAUGUAAAUGGCUUUAAGAAACUCGCUUUAUGGAUAAUGUAGUACAGAGGACUUUGGUAAUAAUUAAUACUGAAAUAUAGAUAUUAAGAAUGCUA